AUGCUCUUGCCGGUUAUCACCAGCGCCAGCGAUAGUUCCGAAGGACACCCGCGAGACAAACGUUUAGCACUUCAUCCGUCACAAUGGAGUAUGCACCUUUGGCCAGGUGGAGUGGUUCCAUACGAGAUCGCUUCGCAUUAUGAUCCCUGGGAAAGGAGCGUUAUUCUGUCGGCUAUGGCCGAAUUCCCUAAGCAUACCUGUAUUUCGUUCCGUCCUCGUAACGCCGGUGAUCGGUACUACUUGUCGAUUAACAAGUACUACAACCUUGAGAGGUCUUUACAGGUGCUUCUCCUAUAUCGGUCGUCAAACGACGAACCUUUUCCGCAGCGCGUCCUCUCUCAGCGGCGGAACGGGACGUCUACAACCAAGGCCAACAAGUCGACCGACUGGUCGGGCACUCGAAAGCUCACGAAGCUGGACACCUCGAAACGACGACAAGAUACGUACCUAAGUGGUCAACAGCAAGAGCCUUUGGCACCACUACCACCACUGUUGAUAGACCCAUCACAACGUGGACAACCCCGAGCACUCAGUCCACCACCACGACGAAAGCUCCCGUCUGGACGACGAAGAGCUGGACAGCGCAAAAGAUGGCACACCACGCCGGUACAACUCUCGCUCCUGCCUGGACAACAACCCGACGAUUCUAUCCAUGGCCCACUACGACCACCACUUGGGCACCCUCGUGGCCCAGUAGAGCCACGGUCGGAACCGUCUCUGCAGCCCGAUCCUUCCAGUGGCCCAAUCCAACGACUACAACUUGGGCAC